CUUUGCUCUUUAUAUAACUUCACACCGUUCCGCCAUCUCCGUUCUUCUCUACAAACCCUUCAUUCAUUCAUCAGAACUCUCUCUCUCUCUCUCUCUCUAACUUCCGCCGCAAACUACUGUUAACUCCGCCCUCGCCGUCGUUGCGUUUUUGGCGAUGGGACUAUUGGAUCAGCUGUGGGACGACACGCUUGCCGGACCCACCCCGGACUCCGGCCUCGGCAAGCUCCGGAAGCACCCAUCUUUCACUUCCCGAUCCGCCGCCGCCGCCAAGGAAUCCAAUAAUGGGAAGAGGUACGAGGAAGGAAUAAUGUUGUCGUCGUCGUCGUCGGCGGCGGCGGCGGCGGAGGAUGGUGUGAAAGUUUCGAGGAGAAUUAUGAUCGUAAAGCCACCUGGGGGUUACCAGUAUGGUUCUUCACCGCCGGUGUCUCCUGCCGCCUCUUCCACUCCGCCGUCUUCUCCUUUUUCCGAGAAUCAUUCAGAUUUCGAAGAAGAUCGACAUCGGAUGCUUAUGGGAAGACAACAAGUGAAGUCGGAGCUCGGACUCCUACUUCUCCUUUUGACAUGUGAGAUAUGAUAGUGAUAUCAAUACUUAUACUCUUCGACUCCAAACUUUGGAUGAGUUGAUGAGCGAAUAUCCUUGUAUCGUUUAGGGUUGUUUAAUAAUAAUGUCUUUAGCUUUUUGUCGAGAAACGUCGAAAGACUUUAGUGAGCGAGUUACAUAGGUGUGCUUUGGUCAUGUCUUGGAUACGUAGAUUUGUCGAUAUGUGUGAACUAUCGUCCCGUGGCCCACUGAGAAUUAUAGGAAAGAAUUUUGUUUGUGUGGUCAUCAUGUGUUCUUUUGUGUAUUAUAAGUUUAUGGUUUGUAGUUUUAUCACUUGUAGUAAUAUCUCUCAGUUGACAAUGACGGUGUCUUUACUUUGUGUAAGAGAGAGACCAACAUUUCCCUUUUA